AACACAGAACAUUUAAAAUCCUUUGACAAGGUUAUAAAUAUUCUCCGACAUCACCGAGUUCCUUUCGGCUUUUUCGAUUGCGGAGAUGGAGGAAGGCCGAUGGGGCGAAGGAGGACUUCGCGAAAAGAAGACGACGAAGACUUCAUAGUGAGACUGGAUACAGUGAAAAGCGCGUGUGGUCUGUAAAAGUAAAUGCUUCAAAAAUAUAAAGCCCUAUGGAAAGUCGACUUAAACUGCCCAAAGAGGAAGAUUCGCCGGUUGCUAGACAAGCCAAGGUUCUCGCCGAUGAUUUUAUAUCGUACAGACUCGGAAAUAGCCCUAUACCUGUAUCACCGACUGCCGCUACGCUACGCAGACUUGCUGACCAAAUCGAAGAGCAAUACCCUUUACUACUGAACCAUUUGUGCCACAAAUUAAACAUAACGCGGGCAACUGUCUAUCAAACGUUUUUCGAGAUCGCCAGUGAGGUUUUCGCCGAUGGAAUAAAUUGGGGGAGAAUAGUAGCUCUCUAUGCUUUUGGAGGCAAGCUGGCGGUGUAUUGCGAUCAACACCAAAUGAAAGAGCUUGUCGCCUCAGUCACUGACUGGGUAGCAAGAUACGUUGGCGCUGGUCUCAGUGAGUGGAUCGAAAAUCAUGGUGGAUGGGACGGUCUGGAUAAACAGUUCAAUGAGAAAGGCCAAGAGGGAGCAUGGUGGAAAGGUGUUUUUCUCACUACUCUUGGACUUGGGACAUUAGCAGCUUUUAUGUACAGCCGAUGAAUCACAGAAUUCAGUGAUGUGUGUAUGUGAUUAUUUAAGUUUGGAUUACUUAACUUGCACUAGUGUGUUUCCAUAAUCUACUGUGCAUGGUGUUUUACAGUAGGUUACCAGAUUAAGUUUUUAGGCCUGUUUGGGUUUAAAUUUUUAAUACCUUUAGCUGAACAUAUAAUUUUUACAUCUGAUCAUAAUUACAUGCAGUUUAGACGGCAUUUAAGAAAAUUGUGGUCGAAACCAGUUAAAACCAGUGGCCACACUGGUGUUACUCCAUCAGAUCUUAAUGUGGUCUAUGAAAACUGGGGCUCAUCCAUGAUUGAGCCUUCUAACUUAGACUUAGUUUAAUUAAGUCACUCAGAGUGUUUUGUGUUAUUUUCUUCAAUUUUAUUUCCCUUUUCCUUUUGUGGUCUUCCAUGAAGGGUGUGGGUUUCGUAAGUUUUAAAAUGUCCAAAGGGGCAUAAUUUUGAUACGUUUUAUCACGCUUGCUAAUCCCAUAGUUCUUAUCACCCAAAUAAGACUGGCUGGGGUGUUCAUUGUUACAUUGGGUUAACCUGUGAUGGACUAGCAUCAGUAGCAAUAUUCCUCAGAGGCUUGAUGUUACCUAACUAGCAUAAACCCUAAUGCUGUGGGCCAUGUUGGUCCAAGUGCAGAUCUUACCUUUUUAGGAAGGUGAUCUUGUACAAGAAACUGGCCAAGAGAAUAUUGAGAAAUCUAUACAAAUUGCAGCACUUUUGCAACAGAUACUUUGCCUUCAAGAACAUCCAGUAGGUUUCCUCCAACCAAAGACCUGUCACCUGGGGCAUUUUGCAAUAACAUGUUGGAAAAAGUACUUUCAACAAAAUUGUUGUGAUGUUAAUUUAAGUUUCGUAACUUUUUCUUCACUUUCAAACUUUCAAAGUGCUAGUUCUUAUCUUUCUAAUUUUCAAUAAUUCUCAGAGUAUUCCUCUGAAGUAAUACAAUUUCUUAAGCUGAGAAACAUUUUUAUAUGGAAAUUGCUUCAGAGGUUAUUUAUGGUAACGUAAAUAUUAUUUAUAACCAUGAGUUGUUGAUGCAAGUGCAGAAGCACCGACUUUGAUUCAAAAUUUUACAAUGAUUUUUAAAAUCAUGUAUUCAAGAUGUUUGGACAUCUUCUUGAUCACAAUAAUGUGGUAAAAAAUUAUUGUAGUUAGAAAUUUAAACUUUACUGAACAGAGACUAUUUAAUUAAGGAUGUUAAUUGUAGCAUAUUUCCAAUUUUCGUUCCAUAAAUAGAAGUUUUAAUAUAUAAUUUAAAGGCUCUGAUCAUCUCCCAGACUUCAGUCUGUUUGGUUCAUUCAACAAUGUUAAUACAGUGGAAUUCCAAUGUUUUAAACUCUUGAUUAUUCAAAUCUUGUGAUUAUUCAAAGCAAUUUUUCAAUUGUUGGCAAAAAAUCCAAGGAGAAAGUUGCCCUCGACUUUUAGAACCAAUUUCCUUUCCCUAGGUAGUUAAAAAUCAGGUUCCCACUGUAAUAAUACUAAUUCACUGUAGCUGUGUUAUGUGUAUUCUUAAGCACAUGAAAAGAAUUGUAGGCCUUUCUUGGCCAUUGACACAACAUAUUCAAAGUUCUGGUCAACUUAUAUUUUAGUUAGACUGGAUUAUUGGUACAGUAGAGUUUAUAUCUACUAUUGUAAAGAUAUAUUUGCCUUGAGCAAAUGGCAAAAUGUAAAAUAUGUUUUACUGCAUCAACAUGGUUUACAUGUAGAUGAGUGUGUGCAAGGGGACUUAACUAGCAAACUGAUAAAUCAUCCAUUGUUUAUCUCACUCUGUGCAAAAGUAUUGAUAUAAAUCUCUGGGCCAAGCCAUAGUAUUCAACCACUAAGUAAACAUUUUCCAUUCAAAGGUCAAGUGCAAAUUCAAGCCAGACAAUUGGACCCUCAAAAAAAAAACACAACUAAAAAGGUACAUUUUUAACACAUGGAG